GAAGACCUAAUACGAUACUAUAAUGGCCGGAAUGGCUGCGUCGAGUGUAAUUACGGUCUAACGUUGAAAUUGCGUCCCACAGCUGUCUCGCGUCACGCAGUCAUAAUCCGGUUCUCCGUCCGUUCUGUCACGAUUUUGCGGGAGACUACGCUAUACAACCAUCACGAUGAGCGGCGAAGGAUUUGACCCGUGCGAAUGCAUGUGGAAUCACAUAUCCAUGCAACAUCUACUUUCUAUCUUACGACAAUCGCAAAAUUAUUGCUCGGAUACCGAAUGCUUCAGCGUGUCAAGAAUUCCAGGACCGCAGAAUUCAGUUCAGGAAUCUUCAGAUUUUCUCUUUACUUGCUUAAUUAUUGGCUUUAUGGUGCUCAUGUAUGCACUUAGACCGAGAUCCUUGCGACACUCAACUAGGAAUAUUACCAAGAACAACAAUGAACCCGGUUCACACGAUGAUCCACCUUCGCCACCGACAGUGAAUUGAAAACUGAGAUAUUAUGGCAUCGAUGGAGGAUCUACUCCAGAUUUUAUAUCGGGAUCUAUGCUAAUCUUAUAAUGGGGGAAGCAAAUGGUAAAUACGUUAUUACAACACGUGUGUUGUAAUAUACAGUAUAAUAGCGGAAUAUAUCAAUCGUAUCUUGAAACAUAACUUCCUAUAAUAAUCUUAAUUUUAUAUAAUAUAAAGUAUUCUCUUUCUUUUA